AUGAAGGUGGACACGCACAUCCACGCGGCGUCGUGCAUGAACCAGAAGCACCUGCUGCGCUUCAUCAAGAGCAAGAUGAAGCACCACCCGGAGGACGUCGUCUGCGUGGAGCGCGCCACCGGCAACGACGUCACGCUCAAGCAGGUGUUUCAGCAGAUGGGGGUCAGCGCGUACGACAUGAGCGUUGACAUGCUGGAUGUACACGCGGACAGGAACACGUUUCACAGGUUCGAUAAGUUCAACGCCAAGUACAACCCCGUCGGGGAAAGCCGGCUGCGCGAGAUCUUCAUCAAGACGGACAACUACAGAGAGGGCCACUACUUCGCACAGCUGCUGAAGGAGGCAGUUGUAGACGGCCAUGACGACGAGCGGGACGAUGUCGGCGGCGACGAAUCGCGCGACCGCGUACACGUGGAACGCGGCAUGCUCGGCGAACGCCGUCUUCACCGCGCGGUACGCGCACGUUCCGUUGUUUCCGGUCGGCGCCGGGACCAGCGGCGGUCGCGCCGCCACCGCGGAGGUGGAUACGGGGGCGGCCUCUUGCGGCGCGCACGCAAAGUAGAUCGGGACGUGGAACGCGGCGGAGGCGACGGCGAUCGCCGCCAGGAGGCGCCACGCGUGCCACGGGACGACGGCGCGCGGCGGCGGGUGUCGCUCGCGGCUCGCCGCGUGCGCGUGUCGGUCGCGCGCGAUCGCCACGACGAUCCACAGCGCGGCGGUGGACGCCGUGCAGGCGACGCCGGCGUCGACGCGGCACGCGUACGCGAUCUGCGCGCGCGACCAGCAGUCGACGACGCCCGCCGCCAGCAGCAGCGCCUGCAGCGCCUGCGGCAGCUUGACGACGAGGAAGAGGAGGUCGGCGGCGGCGAGGCCCGUGAGCAGCACGUAGGUGGCGCUGCGGUUGAGCCGCGAGCGCAGCAGCACGACGAGCGUGAGAGCGUUGGACGCGGCGCCACCGACGCAGCACAGCGUCACGACGCCAUAGACGACGACGAGGAAGACGUCGUUGUCGCUCGUCGCCAUGGCGACGCGCGGGGUUUGGCAGCAGAUGAACCGCUAGGGGGCGUUUUAUGGAGUCGAUGUCUAAAGGCUGAGGAACAUCUAGUGACAGGACUGGACAGCGUGGACGAUGAGAGUAAGGUGGAGAGCAGCUCGUUCCUCGAGGACACGCCGACGCCCGAGGAGUGGACGGACGACGACAACCCGCCCUACGCCUACUAUCUCUACUACACCUACGCUAACAUGGCCAUACUCAAUCACUUCAGGAGGGAGCGAGGGCUGAACACGAUCGUACUGAGGCCACACUGCGGGGAGGCGGGAGGCGUCGAUCACAUGGUCACCGGAUUCCUUCUCGGAGAGAACAUCUCUCACGGACUACAGCUGCGCAAGGUUCCCGUGCUGCAGUACCUCUACUACCUGGCGCAGGUGGGCCUGGCAAUGUCACCGCUCAGCAACAACUCUCUGUUCCUUAACUACAACCGCAACCCGCUGCCGGAGUAUCUCGCACGCGGCCUCAACGUAUCGCUGUCCACCGAUGACCCACUACAGUUCCACUUCACCAAGGAGCCGCUGAUGGAGGAGUACAGCAUCGCAGCGCAGGUGUGGAAGCUCAGCUCGGCAGACAUGUGCGAGCUGGCGCGUAACAGCGUCAUGAUGAGUGGCUUCAGCAGAGAGGUGAAGCAGCACUGGCUGGGAGAGAACUACCGGCUGCCCGGCGUGCAGGGCAACGACAUCACGCGCACCAACGUGCCGGACAUACGCGUCGCCUACCGACACGAGACAAUGUGCGAAGAGCUGUCCACGCUCGUGCUCGCCUACCGGUCGGAGAAGUAAGCGCCCCCUGGGGGCCUGCAGGUCGGAGAAAUAAGCGCCCCCUGCUGGCCUGCGGGUCGGAGCAGUGAGCGCCCCCUGGUG